CUAUUUAGUACUUGUGGACAGUGUUAAAGAAAAUACUAAAGAGGCAAAUUUUAGUUUCAGAAAAUAAAAUACAAUUUCAAAAUGAAAUUCCUUAUCGCGUUCGCUGUCCUCGCUGUAGGCAUCAGUGCCGUGCCAUACUCAGCCUACUACCCUGUAGAUUUUUCUGAUGAACGCUUAGUGACUGGCGCUAUUGAGAGCGCGAUCAAAGAUAUGAGCCAAGCCAUCAAGGACGCUGGACUGGAUCCCUUCCACAUCAAGAGAGAGAGCAUGAGCUACGAGCUCCCUGUGCCUGUGCUCUUCAAAAUCGACGCCUUCGUUGAGGAAGUCCUGAGCACUGGUCUCAGUAACAUCAAGAUCAACAGACUGAACUACAGCGUCCUCCUCUCCCGCCUUAAUUUCGACAUUGAGCUGCCUCUUGUACACUUCUCUCUCGGCGAUGCCAAUGCUGAUGCAGUUUUCUUCAGCUCUGACCGUGACUUUUCUGCCUCUGGAAGCAUCAAUGUUGAGAGGAUCCGAGUCGUUGGUGAGGUCCGCGUCAGCAUUGGAGUCAUCUCUGGUAUCUCAGUCCGCAGCCUCACCAUCUCCUUCACUCUUAAUGACAUCACGUCCGACGCCAACCUAGUCGUCUUCGGCAAGGACUACUCGGAUGACUUCAACAACUUUGUAGGAGGAGUUGUUCCUGACACCAUCAAGGCUCAUUACAAAGAAAUCAACCAACUCUUGGAGAUAGUGCUUCUGGAAGUCAUCAAUGAUAAUUUGUAAAGUGAUUUCUGAAACCUUUAGCAUAGCUUAACGGACUGCAAGUUAUACUCAUAGUGUUAAUGGAGCAAGAUAUUACAUUAUAAUCUAGAUUACGCGUAUAUGAAUAAAUAUUUUUUUUUAUAAAU